AGUUAUAUUUGAGUUAUGACAGUUGAUGGUUACCAUAGCGACAGCUCAUCUCCUAUUUCUGCUGCCGUCUGUAACUGUGCCGUAAUGUUAACCAGAACGAGCGUGGGCGUGUCGCUGCGGGCUGUGAAGACGCUGCGGUUGCUGGUUGUUGUUCUGGUGAGCCUGUGUGUGUUCAUCGGCGUCUCAGCAGCAUCAUCUCCAGCCCAGGAGGAGAGCAGUGCCAUGGAGAACAUCUCUACGGAGAAGAAGGCUGAGGAGAGCCACAGACAGGACAGCGCAGACCUGCUCAUCUUCAUCCUGCUCCUCACCCUCACUAUACUAACCAUCUGGCUCUUCAAGCACCGGCGCUUCAGGUUCCUGCACGAAACCGGGCUGGCCAUGAUUUACGGUCUUAUCGUCGGGGUGAUCUUGCGCUACGUCGUUCAGGUCUCUCGGGCCAACGUCUACCCGACAAACUGUUUUGUCAACAGCAGCCCCGCCACCCUGCUGUUAAAUAUCAGUGGCAAAUUUUACGAAUACACCUUGAAUGGGGAGAUUAGUGCCAACGAGGUGAAUAACAUGAAAGACAACGAGAUGCUGCGCAAGGUUACGUUUGACCCUGAAGUUUUCUUCAAUAUUCUUCUCCCGCCCAUCAUCUUUCAUGCAGGCUACAGCUUGAAAAGGAGACAUUUUUUCCGGAACAUGGGAUCCAUCCUGGCUUAUGCCUUUGUGGGGACUGUGAUUUCCUGUUUUAUUAUUGGGUUGUUGAUGUACGGCUGUGUCACGCUGAUGAAGCACCUGGGCAAACUGGGUGGAGACUUCUUCUUCACCGACUGUCUAUUCUUUGGCGCCAUCGUCUCAGCAACAGACCCGGUGACGGUCCUGGCGAUCUUCCAUGAGCUGCAGGUUGACGUGGAUUUGUAUGCGCUGCUGUUUGGAGAGAGCGUCCUCAAUGAUGCCGUCGCUGUCGUUUUGUCCUCGUCUAUUGUUGCAUAUCAGCCACAAGGAGACAACAGCCACACGUUUGAGGCCAUGGCCUUGCUGAAGUCCUUAGGGAUGUUCCUCGGCGUUUUCAGCGGCUCCUUCUCUCUGGGCGUUGCAACGGGAAUCGUUACCGCUCUCGUGACGAAGUUCACCAAACUGAGGGACUUUCAGCUGCUGGAGACGGCUCUGUUCUUCCUCAUGUCCUGGAGCACCUUCCUGCUGGCUGAAGCCUGUGGCUUCACAGGUGUUGUGGCUGUGCUCUUCUGUGGCAUCACUCAGGCCCACUACACCUUCAACAAUCUGUCUCCAGAGUCUCAGGACCGGACAAAGCAGCUGUUUGAGCUGUUAAAUUUCCUGGCAGAGAACUUCAUCUUCUCCUACAUGGGCCUGACCCUGUUCACCUUCCAGAACCACGUCUUUAAUCUCAUGUUCAUCGUUGGAGCUUUUCUGGCGGUGUUUGUGGGUAGAGCUGCUAACAUCUACCCUCUGUCACUCCUCCUUAAUCUGGGUCGACGGAACAAGAUUAGAUCCAACUUCCAGCACAUGAUGAUGUUUGCAGGGCUGCGCGGUGCGAUGACCUUCGCCCUGUCCAUCAGGGACACGGCUACGUACGCCCGCCAGAUGAUGUUCUCCACCAAUCUUCUUGUGGUUUUCUUCACUGUUUGGGUGUGUGGUGGCGGCACCACUCAGAUGCUGUCCUGUCAGCGGAUACGAGUGGGAGUUGACCCUGAUCAGGAAAACUCUAUGAGUUUUGCUGACGGAUCAGAGAGGAGAAGCACCAAACAAGAAAGUGCCUGGCUUUUCAGAAUUUGGUAUAACUUCGACCACAACUACCUGAAGCCCAUCCUGACGCACAGCGGCCCCCCUCUCACUACCACGCUUCCUCCCUGCUGCGGCCCCCUGGCCCGCUUCCUCACCAGCCCCCAGGCCUAUGAGAAUGAGUGUCAGCUGAAGGACGAUGACUCUGACCUCAUCCUGACGGACGGUGACAUCAGCCUGACUUAUGGCGACAUCAUGGUCAGCACUGACACCACAGGCGCCCACGCCAGCGGCGGCCAGGCGGCGGACGACCUGGACCGGGAGCUGGCGUACGGCGAUCAUGAGCUGGUGAUGAGGGGCACGCGCCUCGUUCUGCCCAUGGACGACUCGGAGCCGCCGUUCACGGAUCACCUGCGGAUGUGAAAACCAGGUUUCAGUGCAAACGUCCAGUAAAAAACUGACCUGAGCCACUGAGCAAAAGACGAGUACCUGACUCUCCUCUUUUCACACUCCCAUUUUUAUUUUAUUUUAUUUUUUUGCACUUUUUUUCCUUUUUGCUCACUUCCUCUUUAGGAAAUCGCUGUCUCUACCUCAUUCUCUCAUUUCAUACCUCUUACUUCAAUCAUUCCUGGUUUUCUUCACAUUUUCUCUCUCGUCAUUCAGCUUACUGUAGCAUUGCAGCAUGAGUUAGUGAGUAAAUGCAAACGCCAACCUCUACCUAAUUUGUCAGUGUACAAUAUAUCUCAAGAGAAACUAUAACGUUGUUAUGCAUGUGGAGGUUGCUUGUGUUUUUUUUGUUUUUCUUUUUGGUCGGCGUUUUGGGUCUGACUUUGAAUGUCGCUGCCUUUUCUCUGAGCACCAGAAGCAAGCUGACCCAGAGGAAAACUUCACUGUACAUUUGGUUACAAACAAGUGCCUGGGAAUUGUAGUUUUCAAGCAUGGCAACUCUAUACUAGAUUAUCUCUGAGAGGAAAAGUGAUUUUGGGAAGGUACUGGAGAAAAUAUAGAAAUAUAUAUUAAACUCAAGAGAAGCCUCCGUCCCUAAAGGUAGCAAUAAAUUGCGCCAUUGUGUCGGGAGGGUUUGUGUGGUUUGCUUGUAAAUAUUGUGUGAAGUGGUAGGAGCUAGUUGCAGAUCUCUGUGGGUGACCUUCGACUGUGACAUUAGAGAGAGGCUUAACGCCUUCCUCUGGACGGCGAGCGCGGUCGCAGCAGACUGAAGGUUUGCUGCUGUGAAAAUGAGACCUAAAUGAAGUGAAUUGAGUCAGCUUUGUGCCAUUCCCGUCACGCAUUUUGACGCUUUGUAGAAACCGAAUCCAUUCGACCUUAAAGUGUUUUCUACGCUUUUUGCAGAGGAACAUUUGUCAUACACACCCAGCUUUGUUCACAUCUUUCUAUUCAGAUAUUUUUUCAGUAAAGUAAUAAAAAAUAAAACAUUUCGGGACCUAAACUUGACGCUAAAACAUUUGUUGUCUUUUUAAUAAUAUAAUUAGAAAUUAGAGAGAUUAUCCACUGGCAUUAAUCUGGUUUCAUAUUGCUGAACAAUGAAUGUAUUGACUGAUUUAUACUAGGCAUCUUUCAGUGCUUUGCUACUUUAAUCUCUGAAAUAUAUUUUCUGCUACACAACUUUUCAACCAGUUAUUUAUGCAGCUAAAUCUCAGUAGGUGUGAAUAUCAUCAGAUUAAUUUUUUUCAGUAUUUCAGUUCGUAAAUUGUAUUACUGUGGAUUUAUUGGACACAGAGUGAAAUAUUCAGGUCAUUUCUGUUGGUUAGGAUUACCAGCUAAUGAAAACCCAAAUUUCAGUUUCUCGGUAAGUGAGAAUAUUACAUCAGACCAAGAACAAAUGAUCCUCUAGCAAUUUGGAUUGUGUGCUUUUCCACUCAUCUUCCACACACUUUGACCUUGAAAACUAAACGAGGAACUAACUUUACCUUACAUUUAAAAAGAGAACGAUAAACCGUAACAAUGGAGACCUUUUUCUCCUUAGCUUCUUCACGUAUGCUACUCGAUGUUUUCCUUCCACUCAACUUUCUAGUGAACUCUCUUCUUCAGCUCUGAGUUCUUGUAGCUUACCACUUCAUGUUAACUGCAUCCUGGAUAACUUUACAAUCAACAGUCAUACACAUAAUCGUGUACCAUAACAUUGACAACUUUAAAAAAAAACUUAUAAAUCUUACAAUGUUCUAAUUUUACUUUUAUGAGAAAUUGAAAUUUGAAUUUUCAUAGUGAGCUGAUUUUGCAGCAAAUAUCUCAAUCUGUGUGCAAUUAAUCUUAAUAAUAGGCAACUUUCCCUUUUUUUUAAAUUACAGAAAUAAAAUAAAAUUUUAAUGAAAUUGUCAUGCAGUGAGCGAUAAAUAAAUGUUUUCUCUGUUUGACUAGUCGGUUCAAUAUUGCAGUGCUGGAUUUUAUACAUUGCCAUGAACUCAUUAGUCCUUUUGGUAACAAACUGCUUUCAGGGACAGUUAAAGACCAUCCAAUUAAUCUGUUAUCUUAUUAAGGCGCAUAAUUUUAAAAGAUGACUCCUAAAAUGUUGCAGCCUACUAAAUAUUGCAUCUUGACAGAUCAAUGCGUCAUAUUUCAGAUUCCCUGGGAGAAGGAGAUAUUUGCUCUGUUCCAGAUCUUUAAUUUGAAAGCUGCCAGUGUCGGACGUGUCUACUUGCUGGAUUUUUUUUAGUUUUCAUUUGUACACAGCUGUUUACAUAUGAAUCAUUUGAAGGUAAAACAGAAGUUUACUUGCACAUUUGCUUUAUUUUUGUUCUUGAUAAAGAAGAACGGAAAGCUUUCUGAACCCGUUCAGGGCUGCAGAGUUUCUCAUCUGCUGACUGAACAGGAAGCGUUGGUCGGGCUGUCGCUGUGGCGGCGCUGUGUUUAUUUGAACCGAAGCCAGAAUACAUUUGGUGACUAAGCUGAACACAACCAUCUUUUUUUUUGUGUUUUGGCGUCGGUGCGAGCCAAAGAAAAAUAAGUGAGUUCAUGCAGAAUAAAUGCAGGAUGAUGGAAUUAAAAAAGAGAGAGAGGGAAAGAAUGAAGGAGUGAACAGAAGGAGGGAAAGUAGAGCAGGCUUGUAGAUAUCGCUCUUCCUUCCUUAGUUAUCUUCUGCUGUGCAGGAACCUCUAAUUUAACUUUUUAUUUCUUGUUUGCUUGCUUGUUUGCUUUAAUCAGGCGUUCUUUAUGACUCCGCAUGAUCUAUUAUUACGUUGAAUUAUCAUUUCAGUUGUUUGUACGAUUAAUUUUUUUUUAAAGAGAAGAAAUAAAGUGAAAGAAGCCUGUAAUUCACACUCAUUUUGUGUGCUUUUUUUUGUUUUCAGUAAUGUUUUUGUUUUAUAUGUUUAUGGAAGUUUUUUAGGUUCUGCAAAGAUUAUUUCAUGUAUAUUUUUCAUCUUUUCUGGUACUUUUGUAUAUUAUAUGUUUCCAGCAAGAUGUUUUUUCCAUGGUGUCUUCAGAGCAUAAAUUAUCUUCUGCCUAUUGUGCAUCUUUGGAAAGAAAAAGAAGUGGAAUAAAUCUGAGCAAAACUGUGUGCCAUUAUUAUCUACAUGCCACAAUGUGAACUCUUCAAACGGUGAUCAAGGUCUUGGUGUUUCUCUACUUUCUGAUCGGUAACUUGAGCUUUGAUCAGUGGAAAUCUUGCCUGAAGUCGCUGACCGAAGAGGCCUGCUGUGCUCCGUGUUUUCAGACACUCUGCUCUCUUUCUCUCUCUCUUCAUUCUGCCUUUCCUCUCCGUGUGAAUGUGUCCAAAUACCUGCAAGUGUUUAUGGAUGUGUGUCUGGCAAAAAAACAAACAAAAACAAAAAAAAAAACACGAUACUGUGUCCUCUCUUUUUGUUUUUGUUGCCGAUCCUGACUGUUUACAUCUGUGUAAAUAUGCUCACCUGUUCUGUGUGCGUGCAACGGUCAAUAAACUAAAGCCUUUGCAUUUGAUUAAA